AUGGAUAAUCGAACAGUUGAUAUGCCUAUAGAGAGUAAUGCAAAGUACUCUCCAACUGAUGGUGUCCCAUUAUCAGAUCCAAGCCUUUAUCGUACCAUUGUUGGGAGUUUGGUUUACCUGACUGUCACUAGACCGAAUAUUGCUCAUGCAGUUCAUGUGGUUAGCCAGUUUGUCACUACUCCUACUACUGUUUAUUGGGGAGUUGUUCUUCGUAUUUUAAGAUAUUUACGUGGUACUCAGUUCCGCACUCUUAUGUUUCCAUCUACAUCCUCUCUUGAGCUGCGUGCCUAUAGUGAUGCAAAUUGGGAUAGUGAUAUUUAUGAUCGUAAGUCCACUAUUGGGUAUUGUGUUUUUCUUGGAGAUUCACUGAUAUCAUGGAAAAGCAAGAAACAAGAUGUUGUUUCUCGAUCUUCUACAGAAUCUGAGUAUCGAGCCAUGGCUAUCACCACUUGUGAGAUUGUUUGGUUGAGAUGGCUUCUUGCAGAUAUGGGCGUUCACAUCUCUCAGCCUACCCCUUUGUAUUGUGAUAACGAGAGUGCGAUAAUGAUUGCCAAGAAUUCAGUGUUUCAUGAGCGCACAAAUCACCUUGAGAUUGACUGUCAUUUCACACGUCAUCAUCUCCAGAAGGGUACUAUCUCCCUUCCUUAUGUUCCUUCCUCUUUACAGAUUGUUGACAUUCUUACGGAGCCGUUGACUGCUCCUUGA